GUUAUCCAUUUCCGGUUAUUUUGGCCGGCUAGCUUGUAUUCAUCACAGCAUUUAGCAACACUGCCUUUAACGUGUGGUUGUUAAGAGUUAUGGAUUCGAGGAAAACUGGGAUCGUUUGUGCAGUUAGGGGUUGUCAUAAUAACUGGUACAAAAGAAAACGUUUCUUAGAGCAGGUGUGUUUUGACCAUAAACCGCGCACCAGAGCUGAAUGUGGAUGUGAGGCGCCAUACAAUCUCCAUCCGCCUCCUAAAAACGAACAAGCUCUUCGGCUUUGGUUAAAAGCUUUGAAUCUUGAGAAAGCACCGAAGCGACCGUACGUUUGCUCUUUUCAUUUUGUUGAGAAAAGACCCACGGAGGAGCAACCGUAUCCAGAGAAGUGGCUGGGCUACGAUGCUCCGGUGGUCGCGCCGACGCAGCGUGUUGCCAUGGAAAUGUCAUCACGUGAGGAUGAGACCCCCAGGAGCCCUGAUUUUGUGCCAUCUCAGUUUGCACACACUUCAGUUGAACAGGAACAAAGGAAUGCACACAACCUGAAGAGGCAGGAACAAACUCUGCCACUUAAAAGAACGAGGACCUGUGAUGCAGAUGAAGCACCUAUCCUCAGCACCAAAGAGAGCAAUGCCACAGACUUGGAGAAAGACCAGUGUGCUGAACACAGCUAUUUGGCUAAUGUACAUUCUCUCCAAACAAUCACACCUUGUACCAACAACGCUUGCCAAGCUACAUUGAAAGCAUUAACUGAUGAAUGUGCAGCACUCCGAGCAGAGAUCACUCAGCUCAAAGCAAAAGUUGAUAACUUAUCCUUCAGACAAGAGUCCUUCAGGGAUAACGAUGAAAUGGUGCAAGAACUGACCGGUCUGGCAUCUUAUGCAAAAUUCAUGAUUGUAUUCUCUUUAGUGUCAGGAUUUCUGAAAGCCAGUUCAGGCUUGACUAAUUUUCAGUGUUUUUUAAUUACAUUAAUGAGGAUGAGAUUAAAUUUACCAUUUUGUUUUUUUGGACAUAUGUUCCAUGUGUCACAAUCUACUGUUGCUGAAGUGUUUAACGGCACUUUGGAUGUAAUGUAUCAAAGACUCUGUAGGUUAAUUGUUUGGCCAGGCAAAGAGCAAAUUCAGAUUAGUCUACCGACGUGUUUUAGAGCUACGUUUAGCAAUUGUACCUCCAUUAUUCAUUGUUUGGAAAUAUUUAUAGAAAAACCAAAAAACAUGAGCACCAAUGCUGAAACAUGCUCCCAAUACAAGAAUGACCAUACGGUUAAAUAUUUGAUAUCCAUCACACCACAGGGGGUUGUAUCAUUCGUAUCAAAGGGCUUGACAGGUCAGACAAGUGACAAGUACUUAACCGAAAGAUGUGGAUAUCUGGAAAAGCUAUCACCCGGAGAUGUGAUACUAUCUGAAAAAGGUUUUGAUAUUAAAGAUACCAUGGGUUUGCACUCUGCCGAUUUGAAGAUACAAGCACUCACAAAAGGUAAAGAGCAACUACAUCCACUUGAGCUGGACGAAACAAAAGGACUUACUGCUGUCCAGAUCCACGUCGAGAGAGUAAUUAGCCUGGUCAGGAACAAAUACAUGAUUUUGCAGAGCACCAUCCCCCUUUCUCUGUGCAACACAACAGAUGAAGGACAGACCACCACCCUUGACAAAAUGGUCACCGUUUGUUGUGCUUUAUGCAAUAUUUGUCCUUCUGUAGUUCCUACACAUUAAACCACCUAGUCCUGAGUGUGUUGGUGUAUGAUUGUACAUAAUAUGGCAUAACAUUAAUGAAAUUCUGUAAAUAUUUUGGACUGUGUAUAAGAAUGUAUUUGUGUUUGUGUCAGUAAUACAGAUAAGAUUCAAGAUUUUAUUUGUCACAUAUACUGUUACAUACAGUACAUAAUUUGCAGUGAAAUGCAAACCUGGCCUACUCCUCUUUCAACUGUGCAUUUAAAUAACUAAGAAAAACAAAUGAAUAAAAAAAUAAAUAUUAAGAACUAUAUGUAGAGGAAUGUGCAAAAAAUGGAUGUACAAAAUAUGCAAGGGUGUUACGUGUAGUAACAAAACAGUGCAGAGUCUUUAUGGAGUGCUAAGGGAUCUGCGUAGUGGACAUAUCUGUGUUAAGGAGUCUGAUGGUCUGAGGGAAGAAGCUCCUCCUGAGCCUCUCAGUUUUAGCCAUCAAACAAUGGAAGCACUUGCCUGAUUGCAGCAGGUUGAACAGACAGUUACUGGGGCGGGUGGAGUCCUUGAUGAUUUUAGCAGCUCUGGUACUGUAUCACCUGGUGUAGAUGUCAUGCAGAGAGGGAAAAGCAGACCUGGAGAUGUGCUCAGCUAAGCGCACCACUCUCUGUGGGGCUUUGCGGUCCUGGGUUGAGCAGUUUCCAUACCAUGCUGAGAUGCACUGAGUCAGCAAACUUUCUAU